AUGUCGUGGGAUGAGCUCCUCGAUCAUGGAGAUGAACCAUUCGAUGUAUUCUUCCCACGCGUUCGUGGUGUCCGCCCUUCCCUCACGCUAAAGGCUACUGUUGUACAUGCUUGCGACGAUCAGGACGGUGCACUGUUGAAUUCCCUCAUAGACUGCGAGAUUGCUCGACACACAGACGCGGGCCACGCACAAUUCGCAAAAUACGUGACAAGCGAGACAGUCUCUCACCUGAACAAUGCUGUAGAGCAUUUUCGGUUGGUUCUGGGAAAGUGUCCGGUCAGCCAUCCAGACCAUGCAACCGCUCUCACCAACCUCGCGUGGGCCCGCCUUAAAGGCUACAGCCGAGAUGAUCUUCAAGAGAUCGAUGCCACCACUUCCCUCUUCCGCGACGCCCUUGCAUUGCGUCCGCAGCCCCAUCCCGAUCAUCCCUUAUCUCUAUAUAAUCUCACCGAAGCGCUGAAUUGGCGCCACGACAAGAAAAGUACUGAUGCCGACAUCCGCGAAUCCGCCCAACUCUAUCAUGAGCUACUGCCUCUCUGUCCAGAGGGCACCUACCUUCGUAGCAUCGCGGCAGGGGAAAAUGACGCAUCUGAUGAAGGGAUCCACCUUCGAAGAGUCGUCCUCGAGCUCUGUCCUCUAGGCCAUCGUCUUCGUCCCAGAGCCCUCGACGAGCUUGCAGGAGCAGUUAGAGCACGCUUUAUACAGCAUGGCAGCAUCGAUGAUCUCGACACGAGCAUAGAGCUUCGUCGUGAAGCCGUGUCUCUGUGUUCCGAGGAGCAUGAUACCUACCUGAACAAUUUGGCUUACUCCCUCAUGUUACGCUUCGAACACCAAGGCAACCCUAAUGACCUCGACGAGGCUAUCUCUCUGCAUGAAGAAGCGCUACGCCUGCGCCCUCUUGGGCAUGAAUCUCGAGAUUCCUCAUUAGACAACCUAGGGGGUAUCCUCCUCGACCGUUUUAAGAAACGCGGCGACAUUGAUGACAUUAAUCGAGCUAUUAGCCUCCUUCGUGAGGCACUGACGUUGUGCCCGCCUGGGCAUCCAUAUCGUCACACCACACUUAACAACCUUGCCCUCGCGCUCAAUACCAGAUAUAAAGAAUCACAUGUUAGCGAGGAUCUUAACGAGGCCAUUGACCUGUUUCGCGAAUCCCUUCGGUCAAGGCCGCUUGACGAUCCAGACCGCCAUGUAAAUCUCCACAAUUUGAGCUCGGCGCUCCGCUCUCGUUUCACACAAUCACAGAAGAAUGAAGAUGUCAAGGAGGCCAUCACUCUUUGCCAAGAAUCGUUGGCGGAUCUGUCUUCACUGCACCCGAACAGGUAUUUCAGCUACACGCGGCUGCAGGAGGCCUAUUUGUCUCGUUAUGAGAUUCUCCACGACCCGGCUGAUUUGUUGCUCGCUAUAGAAAACUUCAGACUCGCUUCAAGGCACCCUACUCAAGGAUAUCCGGAUCGCAUACUGGAGGCCAUUGACUGGGCUUACCAAGCAGAAGCAUAUCAACAUGACUCUGCCCUUGAAGCAUAUCAAAUGUGCUUUGAGCUGUUCGACAGCCAUCUGACGACGCGAUCAUCCACCAUCUCACGGCGCGAAGCUGCCGCCGCCUUCCAUUAUGCCAGAUCACUGCCUGUCGAUGCAGCAUCAUAUGCUAUUCACUACGACAACCUUCAACACGCAGUGGAACUCGUAGAGCACGGCCGUGGCCAGCAAUGGUCACUGGCAUCUCGACUCAGGACUCCAGUUGAAGCCCUUGAGUCGGCAAAUCCGACACUAGCCCACAAUUAUUUACAGCUGAGCAAGCGCGUUUCCGAUGCCGCACAGAGUUCUGCAACCAUCACUGACAGAGCUGCUGCUGAUCGGGCAGCAACAGAAUAUAGGAAAUUCGUAAAGGAAUGGGAAGAUGCUGUAGCUAAGAUACGUGAUCUUCCGGCGUUCUCGCGAUUCUUGCUUCCACCUUCAUACAAAGACCUCCAAGAGGCAGCGCGCCAGGGCCUGGUCAUCGUCCUCAUUGCGAGUCAAUACUCCUGCAGCGCCAUCAUCGUCCCGACCUCAGGAGACCCCCAUCACGUUCCCUUUCCAUCUAACAUUCCACCACAUUCCACGACCUUCUAUCAUCUGACAACACUCAAGGAUCGCUUCGCCAGGGCAAUAAGAGAUGCAUCUAGGAUGGACCCAGCGGAGCCGAGGAAGGAUCUGAUGGCGCUUCUGCGGACAGUAUGGGACGAGAUCAUGCUACCCAUCGUCAAUGUACUCGAGCAGGUCCUAAAAAUAGAGCGCCGCUCUCGAAUCUGGCUAUGUCCAACUGCAGCUUUCACGUCCAUCCCUCUCCAUGCAGCUCACCCCUUCAAGACAAAACCAGAUCGUUCUAAGGAGCCAUGCCUGGAGGAUCUCUACAUCUGCUCUUACACGCCGACACUUUCGGCUCUGGUGAGAUCCAGACAGUUGAUGAAGAAACGUAUCUCUCCAUCCUUCGUGGCGAUCGGACAAGGUCAACCAGGGGCAGGAAAGGGCAAGGCACUGCUGGCCGUCGACAGCGAGCUUGAGCUUGUUCAUAAACUCAUCCCAGCGACAGCCCACCACACCACCAUCUCUGGCGAUGCAGCUACACGAGCAGGAUCCCGAGCAGCCCUACCAUUCGCAUUUCGUCAUGAGAGACGAGAAUCUGACGCUGCUCGAUAUCAUGGAGAGAGACAUUCCACACGCCGAGUUUCGCGUUCUUAUCAGCGUGUCAUACUGCCUGUCGGGGAUGAGGAGACGCCCGACGAAGUGAUUCACCUCGCAGCUGGUCUCCAGUUUUCGGGGUUCAAGAGCGUGAUUGGCACGCUGUGGCAGGUGGACGACGCUGUCGCAAAACACGUCGUCGAAGCUUUCUACCAGAGUAUGUUCGAGAGUUUCAAGAAGGAUGGUGUGAUGGACUGUACGAAGGCGGCCUGGGCACUGAACCGUGCUACGCACUGCUGUGAAGACGAAAGUGCCGCUCGAGCAGAGGAUGGUUUUCGUUCAUAUUGCUAUCUGAUUUUCGUAUACUCUGUUGUAUUUUUGUCGCCUGGAAUGUUUACUAAAUCACAGGAAUUCUUCAAGUUUAAAGUGUCCAAGCCUCAGGCUUUCUGCACUGUACAACCUCGACGAAUCACCACUGAUGCAUUCCAGAAGCAAGACACACAUACUAUCAGUACUCUCGAGCAUUCCCUUGCUUCGGGUUCUGCGAUUGCGUGGUCUACAACCACGAGCCUCCAUACGACUGCAGAAGAUCUUCUGGAAUUGCGAAACAUACUCAAGGUCCACGAGCGUGGUAUGCACCAAGAUAUAUGA